AUGACUUCGCAAACUCACGAAGACAGCAGCCUUGGGCUCGCCACGGAGAAAACCACCCCCUCUCAAGAUCUGUCGUCCAUCGCAAGUGAUAUGCCCUCAGUGGACUCGGUGCUCUCAAGGCUUGAAAACCCACAUUCUCUUGCCUUGUCGGGAGAACUAGAGGGAUUUUUAGCCAAAGAAGAUGAAGAAGAACAUGGCCGAUUACUUCAUGCUUUGCAGAAAGUUCUCUCGAAAACCGAGAGCGGCGACGAAGAUACGUCCUUUGAUGUUCAAGAACUACGUGAUGCUCUCGAAAUGACAGACGCAAUUGCCGAGCAAGAAAGACAUGUCCCACAGAUGGUGGGAGGUGCUGCUUCGAUCCUCCAGAAACUCUGGCAGAGCAAAUCUAGAUACAUGGUUGAAGCAGCCGAAGCAUUAGCAAAUGCUAGUCGUGACCCAUCAUGGAGAAUUCCCUUUGGCCAGUCAGGAGUAUUGGAAUUCUUCCUACAACUGAUUGCCACAAGGGAGGGUACUGACACGGAUUUGCUCUUUCAUUCUUUACGGCUCAUAGGAAACUCUUGCGCCGAUACUGAUGAAAAUCGAGAUAUUGUAGUGUCCGGCAAAUACACUAUAUCAAUCAUGCGCCUUCUUAACCCGGACUUGGUCCACAUCGCUGAAGCUGGCUUAGGCAGUAUUGCUAUAACUGUGCUUUAUAAUAUAUGCACGGACUAUGAACCUGCCCAGGCCCAAGCCGCGGCAUAUCGCCUUGGAUACAUCCUUUUAAAACUCAUGAACGAUGGGGACAUCGAAGGAAAUAAUUUUACGUAUGAAUUAAUAGAGAUGACAACCGGACAAGGCGAUGGAAUUGAGAACUCGCCGGAGAGUAUCAUUCUGCUCAUUCUGAACAUAGCUCUUGACGGGGAUACACCUUUCGUGCAGUUUGCUAGCCUUGUGGCCUGCCUUACGAACUACUUACAAACCGAACGAUUCCAGAUUGCAAGUGUUCAACAAAAAUGGGUUAGGCAAAUUGCAUCUGUUUUGCGUCGAUCAUUCAGUAUUCAGGUCGAUGAAUCUUCGACCGAAGAAACCCAACUACUGGCUCAACUACGCCUGAAGAUCAACCAGGCACUAGCAGAUAUUUCAGCGCUUCCGCAAUUCCUCGAGGUAUAUCCAAUAGGGUCACCUCUUCUAAACGACCUCCAGUCAUGGCUCGCUGGACCGGAGGAGUCGUUGCAGAUUUGUGCUUGCGUUAUGCUCGGAAAUGUGGCAAGAACCGACACAAUAUGUCGGCUCAUGAUAGAGCAGCUAGGCAUCCAUCGAUCGUUAAUCGACAUACUGAAGACCAACACACGGGGUGGUGUACUCCAUGCCGUACUUGGGUUCCUCAAGAAUUUGGCCAUUGCACAAAAUAACCGUGAGGAGCUCGGGGAUGCUGAUAUUAUCCCGGCAGUAUCUCAGCUUUGGAAAUUCGAUACUGUUCCUCAAGUUCAACUGGCGGCUACCAGUGUGACCCGCCUGGUUAUCACUUCUUCAGUGAAGAAUAUUUCUCGUUUACUGGCCUCAUUAUCCUCUGCACCGGACUCUCCUGAUUAUUCGCGUACCUAUCUAUCCACCCUGCUCUCCCUAUCUAGCCGCACCGAUACUGCCCCAAUCAAAACAGAGAUUGGUCGUACUAUUUCCUCUAUUUGUCGGACCCUAGUAUCGCGAGCUAGAGAAAGUGAAGGAGCUGGCGAGGACACGACGACACCUUUGAACCGGCUGUUCGAUCUUCACGAGGACGUUGCUAGUCCAAUCGGUGCUAUGAUUACACAAACAGAAUGGCCCGUCGUUCGAAGCGAAGGCUGGUUUGCCUUGGCCCUUAUGGCAUCUCAUGUCAAGGGCUCGGUGGCUGUUGUAAACUGCCUCAGUGACACGAAUGUUAACGCACAGGUAGAAAAGAGCUUUGAGUUAGGCAAUGAUGAACCGACAACAGCGAACGGGCAGUUGCAGAGGAAAAAGGACCGCGACAAUCUGGUGGUUAUGGUGAAGGAGUUAUUGGGCAAUAAUCCCGAGAAUCUGUCCGAGCCUAAAAAGACCCGAUUGAGGGAAUUAAUGAAUAAUGCUGUAUCCUUAUCUUUGCAAGGAAAUCCAUAG